AAUCGCCGGCUGUGCGCGGGCUAUCUGAGGUUCGCGGUCCAGGCUGAUCCACCGAACACGAUCUCUCGCCGAACACAUCGCGAGGACCCGUCGCUUAACAGUAGGAGGCCUUCGCCUGUGCACUGAACUCCGUGGCUGACUGUGGCCGUCAUCACGUGUGGCACCAAGUCGAUCAGCUCACGUGUUGCGUUGGCACUGCUGCGACCAUGGCAGAAUGUUUGGCGUGCGAGUUGGUGGACGCCGGAGCCGUGAAAUUUGGCUCGUUCACGCUGAAGAGCGGCAUCACCUCUCCGUUCUACGUAGACCUCCGGGUCUCCGUGAGCUACCCGAAACUUCUUCACGACAUCGCCGAUGCUGUUGUGGCCAAGAUCAAGGAAGACAACAUCGAUGGCGAUCUACUGUGCGGGGUUCCGUACACGGCGCUUCCUAUCGCCACAUGCGUGUCAAUGGCAACAGAGCAGCCAAUGGUGAUGGUCCGCAAGGAAGUCAAGGCGUACGGCACGAAACGUCCUAUCGAGGGAACCUUCCAUCCUGGCCAGAAGUGUAUCAUCAUUGAGGACAUCGUCAGCAGUGGGUCCAGCAUCAUUGAGAUAGCUCAGGCACUGUCCACAGCUGGCCUGGUUGUGACCGACGCCGUUGUGUUCCUGGACCGUGAGCAGGGUGGCAAAGAAAACCUGCUCAAGUGGAACAUUAAACUGCACAGCAUCUUUCACAUCACGUCGAUUAUGAAGAAGCUGGUGGCCAAGAAGCGCCUGAGCGAGGAAAUGGCCAGCAAAGUUUCCGCCUUCGUGCAAGCGGUCAAGGCACCCCUGGUGCCUUCCCUCUUGCUGCCAUCGCCCACCAAGGACACCUACGCCCACCGCAGCCUGAUGGCCCAGUGCCUGCUUGCCAAGCGCCUGCUCGGGCUGAUGGACCAGAAGCAGACCAACCUGGCCGUGGCAGUCGAUGUCACCAGUACCGACAAACUGUUGGAGCUGGCUGACCAGUUGGGCCCGCACAUCUGCGUCCUGAAGACCCAUGUGGACCUGCUGGAGGACUUCAACCGGGAGGCCAUGCUGCGUUUGCGGGAGAUAGCCACCAAGCACGACUUCCUCAUCAUGGAGGACAGGAAGUUUGCAGACAUUGGUCAGACGGUUCAGCUGCAGUACACGAGUGGUGCCUUCAGCACACAGCUGUGGACCGAUAUGGUGACCGCGCACUCACUGCCAGGACCAGGAAUUCUGACCGCACUUCAGCAGGCCAGCCGACCUGAGCAGGCUUGCGUGCUCAUCGCAGAGAUGAGCUCUGCGGGCACACUCAUCUCUAAAAGCUAUACUGAAGCCACUGUAAAAAUGGCCGAGGACUUUCCCGACUUUGUGCUGGGUUUUGUUUGUCAGUCGAGAGUUUCCCACAACCCAGGACACAUCCACAUGACACCUGGCGUGCGGCUGGACGCCAGUGGGGACAGCCUCGGCCAGCAGUAUUGCGACCCUGCGUGUGCGGUGACCGAGCGUGGUGCCGAUGUCAUCAUAGUUGGACGCGGCAUUGUGGCUUCGGCUAACCCGGAGGAGGCCGCACUGCGGUACAAGAAGGCCGCCUAUGAUGCCUACCUAUCGACACUGUCCUCCAAGUAGUGCACACUCCGAACAGUGAAUCUGCUAUGUUUGUGAUUCAAAAAGAACCCUAUCGGCUUCUUUCUUUCUGACCUGGCCAUAAAAUAAAUAUUUACGUUUUGAUACUGUCA